GAGAGCCCAUGAAGGAUAUCCAGAUGCGAGGCCUUGCUGCAUGUUACGACAUUACGCAAUACGUGCUCGAGGACACAGCGACGCGAGCAGCUCACGAAGACCGCCUACGCCCGUGCGUAUUCCGGACUUUCACGCACCUUCCGAGCAUGUUCGUCAACACCGAAUCUCAAGACGCUUCGCGCGUGUGCAAUCCUCUGUGCGCCUCGGCCAGGAUGACGUCUCGAGACCGAUGAUGACCGUCGGUGAAGCAACUGAAGACGUAGCGCAAGUGUGCGACCAGGACAUCGCUGCUUUUACCACCCAUUCGAUUGCAUCUCAGGAAGACUGGUCGCGCUGAGUCCCGCAUCUCACUUUGCCUCACCCAAGAAAAGACUACGGCAGGCGCAGGAAGGCGUAUGAUUCGGACAUCAAAUCGAAGCUCGGGGGCGAGAAUAUCUCGUGUGUUACCGUACGCGAUGUAAAUGCAUCUCCGCGUCGUCGAGCAGCACCACGGAGUGGCGCAUCGCAAGAGUCUCCUGCAGCCGGAGCGGGAGUAUUGCAGAGAGGCGUGCCAGAAGCUAAUCCAGGCGCAGGAACAUCCGUCGCAAGAAUCGAACGAAGAAAAGUUCUCUGCGCUCGCGUCGCGUGAUCAUGCCAACAACCGGAUCCCUGUCCUGCUCCCGCUCGAACCUCUCGGAAGCGAUCACUAACCUACGCUCGGUCCCGAAGGCCGCACCAGCCGGGUCAAGGUCAGGCCAGGUCGGGCCAGCGCAUGUAUCUAUCACCUUCGUCGAUACCAAUGCCCAGUACGCCAAGUCAAACAAGCCCGCAAGGCACUGCGCCCGCUUCCGAACCGGGGCGAUAACGACGGUUUCGGUAGUUGGGCUUUGAGUCGAGUAUUUGAUCGUGUCAGCGCGCCGUCGAGCGACGAGAGCCUGCUGCAGCGGUAUCAGGUCCGUUCUUGUUGUCAGAGUCUCGUUCACAGCCAACGUUUCAGUGGUACCAAACCUGUGUUUCUCGUUUUACCUUGUCUGUGACUCGCGAAUCUCGCAAUGCCAAGUUCUU